GCAGCAGGGGGAGCUGAGCUCCCGGUAAUCGUCUCAUUGGACGGCGGCGGUGUGGGCGGAUUUGCUGCUGACGUUGCCCACACUCGGGAUUAACUUGUUUUUAUGUCGCCAUAUCUGUCACAUUUUACACCGGAUAGCGUGAUCAGCUGGAAAGCUGCUCCGCAACUCGUCGUCCCCCGGCCUUGUUGAAAUCGGUCCGCGCGCGAGGCUUUGGCGUGCACGCGGCGUUUUUGCGCGCGGCGCGAUGUGAGGAGCCUGGAUGAGGAGCGGCCGCCGCACUCGGGUCUCGGUGCUCAUGUCCUGCCUCACUAAUGGGGGCCGACGGCAGUAAAAACAGGAAGAGGUCAUCUGAAGUCCAGGAAGAUGAAGCCCUCUCAUCUGGCUGGCGCGGCUUCCUCUCGAGCAUUGGCUUGUCCAUCCCAGCAACCCUGUGUCGCCUGGCCCCACCAGCCCUCCAGCUGGGCCAGCGUCGAAUGCUCCAAGGCAAGGCCCCCGAGAUCCCAGAGCACGUCCUGCGGCUGGCGGGAGUCGGCCCGGGCAAGCUCAGAGCAGAGUGGAGCCUCCCGGGCUUUAUCAGCAUGUUCCUGCCGGAGUUCCCCCACAGAACUGUGCCUGGACACGAACACUUCCAGGUGCUUGGUUACAUUGCCAAAGGUUCAUUUGGACCGAUUCUGAAAGUGAAGGACAAGACCAAACAGAGGACAUACGCCGUUAAAGUUAUACCUAAAUCAGAGAUCCUAAGACUCGGGGUCCUGGACCAAUCUAAAGAAGAAGUUAUUGUCCAGCGACAGGUUCGCCACCCAUUUGUCCACGACCUGCAGGACUGCUGGCAGACACAGCGCCAUCUCUACAUUAUGUGUGACUACUGCAGUACCGGAGACCUCUACACCUACUGGCAGAUGAUCGGUCAGUUUACAGAAGACACGGUGCGGGUUUUUGCUGCAGAGCUGGGAUGUGCACUCGAGUUUCUACAUAACUUUGGGAUCAUCCACAGAGAUAUUAAGAUGGAAAACAUACUUCUCACAGACAAUGGACACCUCCGAUUAGCUGACUUUGGUUUGUCCCGCCGCCUCGAGAGAGGAGGAAGAGCCUUCACCAUUUGUGGAACAAUCCAAUAUAUGGCCCCCGAGGUUCUGAGUGGAGGACCUUAUAACCAUGCCGCUGACUGGUGGUCUCUUGGAAUUCUUCUAUUCUCAUUGGUUAAUGGGAAGUUCCCUGUGCCUCCAGAGCCAGACCACUGCAGUAUGCUGCGGAGAGUCAGGAGUUUUCCGUAUGAAAUGCCCCUCAGCUUCACACCCCCCUUUGCCUUGCUAAUAACUGAGCUUUUAUGCAAGACUCCCUCACGCCGCUUGAGGACCCUCGAUCGGUUCAAACGACAAACUUUCUUCUUUGGAACAACCUUUGACCUCUCCCUAAUGCAGCGUCAGCCAGUCGAGGUGAUUCUGGAGCUGAGAGAGAGGCCGGACCGAGCUGCCAAAGCUCGACGGGGCCUCACGCUGUCUCUGCAGCCUCUCAAAGGCUUUGAUUACGACGCCCUCCUCAGCCCUCCAGCCACACCCGACACCCAACUGGAUCCAGAGGCGCACCAUUGCACUGCUGCACCGUUUCCAGGACCAGCAUUUCCACCGCAGCCCGCUCAGGAAAAAGGUCCACGCAGAGAAGUGUUUGUGUAAAAUCUUCUUUGAGUUUACAGGUUGGUCACUGAACCAAUAAAUCUGAAGCAUCCUUGUCUUACUUAGUAAAUAACUGACCUCAUGAAACUGAAAGAACAGGUUCAAGAAAUCAGUAAAUUUAAACUGAAAACAGCACAGCACUCCCACACAUAUUUACUAAUUAUUUUCUAUUAAUCAAUGUGUUUAAGACAUUUUGUUUUCAUUUGCUCAUUUGCCUUUUUAAUUCGAGCACCUUGCCAAGACUCUUUGCUUCAACCAUUGUGCGAGAACAAUUGAGCUUAAGUAAACCCAAAUUUUACCUUGAAAAUAGUAUACAAACGCUAUCACGUUCAACCCAUGUAGAAACUCACAGUUGUUUAUCACAAUUCACAGUAUAUUUCCUUCAACAUCCAGUAGAAAUCUCAAAUCAAACCCUUCAGCAACAUGAGUGGAUUCCAACAUUCUGCCUUUAACGUCUCGCUGGUGAUCAAACUCUGCUGGCAAAAGCAACCGACGUGUUGUCUUUUUGUGUUGUCUUUUAACUUUAUCUGCACCACACCCUUUUAUUCAUGCUGUGAUUGACUUUUUCCCCUAACCUUAAACCUCAAGCUGCCUGAAUUAUGUAGCGGCAGAAAGUUUUUUUUCCCACUGCAAGUCAGUCAAACAUUGCAACACCAAACUGAGAUGUGUCCGCCUUCAGCAUCUCAUUUAACUUUGUCAUUUGUAAGCAGUGACUUAGGGGAACACUUGCUGUUUUUCUCCAUUCAGCCUUGAUUUUUACUCCAUGUCAGUACCCAGCUGUACACAUUUGAACUGGGACAGUGUGUAUGACCAACAGUAUUGUUUACCCCAGUUAACAUUUUUAUAGAUACAGGGCUUUUUUCUAUUGUGAAAGGGUGUCAUAGGUUCAGGAAGCAAUCACACCCUCAUGCACUUCUCUGAUCAUUGUAUUGUUUUAGGCUGUUAGUUGUAAAUCUGUGUACCCAUAACGCCUCACACCUGUUAUCCUGAGCUUGCUUUUUUUGUCACAGAGAUGCUUAUGUAUAUAGUCCUCUUUAUAAAGUUUAUAAAAAAAAUAUUUUGCAAGCUAUUUGAUGUUAUAUGUUCUGUCACCUUGUAUUUUUGUAACUGCCAUGUGACACAGAUUGAAUAUUAAA